CCGGUUACUCGCAUCGGGUAGACUGCAACCCCGCCGGCACCCUGAGAACGCAGCUGAGGCACCUACUGCGGCGUCGGAUUACCGGGAAAAUGUGGGUUUUUGGUUACGGGUCCUUGAUCUGGAAGGUGGAUUUCCCUUAUCAGGACAAGCUGGUCGGAUACAUCACAGGCUACAGCAGGCGCUUCUGGCAGGGCAGCACCGACCAUCGCGGGGUCCCCGGCAAGCCUGGAAGAGUGGUGACUCUUGUUGAAGAUCCUGGGGGCUGUGUGUGGGGUGUUGCUUAUAGAUUGCCAGUAGGAAAGGAAGAAGAAGUAAAAGCAUACCUUGACUUCAGAGAGAAAGGCGGCUAUAUGACAACAACAGUUAUUUUUUAUCCGAAAGAUCCCACAACGAAACCAUUCAGUGUGUUGUUAUAUAUUGGAACAUGUGAUAAUCCUAAUUAUCUCGGUCCUGCACCUCUGGAAGACAUUGCUGAACAAAUUUUUAAUGCAGCUGGUCCUAGCGGAAGAAAUACAGAGUAUCUUUUUGAACUUGCAAAUUCUAUUAGAAACCUUGUGCCAGAAGAUGCAGAUGAGCAUCUCUUCUCUUUGGAAAAAUUAGUAAAGGAACGUUUAGAAAGAAAACCAAACCUCAACUGCAUAUAAAGACCCAAUACUGACUUUUCCAAAUAAGGAGAGCUCCUUCAGCAAAGAGAUUCACUGCACAACAACAGUAUGAUAUGAAAAUGUGUUUAAGAUCUUAUUUUUCUCUAAUACAGUGUAGAUGUCAUAAAAUUUAGUUUAAUUCCAACUG